UGGCCGCGUGUGAUGGAGACUAAAUUCGGCACGUGUUUCCGAGCGCAUGCUGACGUCGAGAGAAAAGAAAAGAAAAGAGAGAGAGAGGGAGGGAGAGAAGAGGAAAGCGGUGGAGACACACGAGUUAAUCCAGCAGAUACACAGUCGUUUGGCAGAAGGGCUGAAGGGAGUCGGCGGUUUGCAGCUGUUUCUAAGUCAUGCAGUCAGUAGAAAGCUCCUCCACUCAGACAUCACGUGAUUGUCUAACGUUUGGUGACGACGACUCUGAGAUCUUUCUGUCCGAGGAUGAGAAGUCAGGUGACCACAGUAGCUCAGCCUCUUCCUCCUCUUCCUCGUUACUGGGAUGGAGCGGCACAGACAGGGAGAGAGAGAAGGACGACAGGAGUGAUGGAAGCACACAGAGAGACCAGCUGUUUGCCCAGAAAUGCUUCGAGCUGCAGGGUUUCAUCCGACCCCUUUUGGAGCUGUUGCACGGACUGAAGAAGGGCCGAUUUGACAGAGGUCUCAGCAGUUUCCAGCAGAGUUUGGCUAUGGACCGAAUCCAGAGGAUCGUAGGAGUGCUGCAGAAGCCACAUAUCGGAGAGAAGUAUCUGCCCACUCUGCUGCAGGUGGAGAUGAUGCUAAAGCUUUGGUUCCCUCACGUCAGCAUUACGUCUACAGGAACAUGUAAAUCUACACAGCUUUAUGUACAAGGAUCAAACAGCAGCAGCAGCAGCAGCAGCAGUAGUUGUAGUAGUACACCACCACACAAGCAGAGAGACCAACUGCACAUUCCAGUUAAGAAGAGAAGACUAAGCUGGUCAGACACGGACUCUUCCGCUACUCCGACUCCUGUUGCAUGUAAGUGCUUCCACAUAAAAGGUCAGGAGAAAGAAGAACAAAGUGAAGGUUUGUCUCUCAGCUGCACACCAACAUCCCACGCAGACCAAUCUGACAAGAGCAGCGAGAAAACAUCCGGACCUAAGGGCGUGUGUUGGGCCGAGCCGGGCAUGACGUGGGUCCAUGUCGCCCCCAUCCUUUCCCCUCCCAAGUCCUGUCCCACCCUGAGAGAAGGUGGAGACAAAGACAUCACAAAUGGCCACUUUCACCUUGCACCUCCUCUUCUGUCCAGCAGGGGCAGUCCGGCAACGCAGGACAACUCCAUCUCAUCCACAACACCCUGCUCCGAGCCAGUGACGGUGACUCUGUCAGAGGGGCGGAGCCUGUCUCCUCCAAUCACAGAGCACCUUUCAAGCCUAUUACAAAGUUAAUGAGUCAGAACCAAACCCAGACAACAGAGACUUGUUUAGGAAAACUUCUGGGGUGUUUUUUUGUAACUGAUUCUUUUUUUAUUAAUAUUUUUACGGAUAUUUAGGCAGCUUAGCCUUUUUGUGUUGUAAAAAUGAUGAGAUCCAGAAAAAUCAGUAGCAGUGUGCUGAUCGAGCAGGUGUGUGUGUGUGUGUGUGUGUGUGUGUGUGUGUGUGUGUGUGUGUGUGUGUUGUUACAUCAGUGUAUCAGUUCAGUGUAUGAUAACAAAAUGAUGCUGUUAUUUAGACACAAACAUUCAGUAGUUUAUUAAGACAGCUGGAGGGAGUUACGCCGAACCGUCCACAACACACAGGACCUCAUGUUUUUGUUUCAGAAGGGAAUGAUCACAAAGACACAACAUUUCACACCCAUUACAAUGUGUAGCAGAGUUCAGAAGUGUGUCGGACCAACGCAGCCUCAUCUACUGCUGAUCAGAAGUGUCUGCCUUGCUGAGCAAACCUUCAGCCUUAUGCCAUAGUUACUCAGGAUCCUGUGUGUGUGUGUGUGUGUGUGUGUGUGUGUGUGUGUGUGUGUGUGUGUGUGUGUGUGUGUGUGUCUGAUCCUACUGCAAGUUGAUUUCCAUAUUAAAUAUGAAAUUAUUCCCAUGUACCCAUGAGACUGAAUGAAAAUUCAGUUAAUAAGGUUGUCCUAUGAGCUCCUAUGAGCUCUCAUGAGCUCUCCUGGUCAUUUGCAUACAAGGAGACACACUAAUGUCAAACACAAAGUGACUUACUGAAGGUUUUAUUAAUAGGAAUUGCAUUAUUAAUGUUAAACAGUUCCCUGAUUCCAAUUCUAGACAAAUUUCGUGUCGUUCAGGUUCAGACCUCAGAGAGCAAACUUAAAUCUAUAAACCUUUUGAUUAGGACAAAAGAACCAGCACCCUAUAAAAGGAGGAAGAGUGUGUGAGUGUGCACGUGAGUGUGCACGUGAGUAAGAGUGUGCACGUGAGUGUGCGUGUGAGUGAGAGUGUGCAUGUGAGUGUGUAGACUUUAAUCUAAUGAUCACAUUGUGGAUGAGUCACAUUCACACACACACACACGUUACAGUUACCAGGACACACUGCAGGGUUUAGUUACUGAAUCCUCACACACACACACACACACACACACACACACACUGUGGGAACAUUUAAACUCCUCUGCUGAUGCCUUCAGUCCCACCGUUUGCCUGCUGAAACUUCAGAUCACAGCAGAAUGUUUUAAAUGUUAACCUUUAAGGCUGAAAAGGACGAAGCUAGAAAUGAUUCUAAAUGACUGUGAGGAGUUAGAAUUGGCCACGAGAUGGAACAUGAAGCAAAAGGGAUUAUUAUUAUUAUUAUUAUUAUUAUUAUUAUUAUUAUUAUUAUUAUUAUGAGAAGGUUUUAAAAGUCCAAUAAAGGAAGGAAGUUGUAGCGAUAAAAAAAGAAAUUUAGUUCCUGUUAAAAUGUCUGAAAAACAAACAAACAAACAAACAAACAAAACUCCUCCUCGACUCCGAACUCUUACUCGUCACCUCAGGAUAAACUCCUCCCCUUCACGCAUUAGCAUAAAAAAUAAAGUAACACUUCUGAAGUGUAAACGAGUCCCAACACGCCGAGAUGUUCUCCUAAAUCAGACGCUACACUUCACUGCUUUGAGAAGGAGAAUAUACACAUCACAGUUAGCUGGUUAGGUCGUUGCUAGCAAAAGAAAGACGAACAUGGAGGUGGGCAAUAAGCAGGGGUAGAAGAUUGGGGGCCUUUAAAGUUGAGCCGAGAGAAGCAACAUGGGGCAAAAGUCCGGUGCCUGAUAUGGUCAGCACACCAGUAGCAACUGGUCACUGCUUCACUCUUGGACCUCGGGUGUUGGAUUAGAGACGUCGAGGUCUCAGAGCGAGCUGAAAGUUUGUGUAUGUACACAGCUGUAGGUCACAGGGCCAGGAGCCAGACGUCUCAUCGGGUGUCACAUGGGGCAAAUAUCAAAGGGACGUAUAAAUAAGGCAAGAAACUAAAGAGCAGUAGGGUAACAUUUCUAUUGUGAUGUGUUUAAUAUUAUUAUUAUUAUUAUUAUUAUUCAGUUCAGUUUUAUUUCUAUAGCAGAUAUGUGAAGUUAGACAACAGAUAUUGUCACACUGAAGCUUUACAGGAAAGUUUUAAAUACAAAAUAUGACCUCAGUGAGACCAGAAGGACCAACUCCCUGAGAUGACAUGGGAAGAGGACCAGACACAGAGAGACACUGAGAGAGAGACACUGUCCCUGUCCACCUCUGUACUCUGGUCAUAACAGUGCUAAUGCUGAUGGACUGAUGGAGAAAGUCACUGGCUCUCCAACACCUGGAGCAGAUGUUCAGUGCUCUUGACUUCCUGGUGUAGGUGUGUUAGAAUCUCCACUUAUUUGUUUUCUCAUCGGACCCGGAUGCAGUCUGCAAUGUGACGUGAUUAUGUAGAAUAUUGUGUGUGACUGUAAUGAAGAAGGUCACAGAUCAAGCUCAUGCUUUCCAACACAAUUCCAGCCCAUUAUUUAUUCAUAUGAACACUUUUUUAUAUGUUUUUGUUUGGUUAUUUAUUCAUCUGCAGCCCCCCCCCUCCCCCAUCCGGCGUGAGGGGCGUUUCCUGUACAGUUUUUUGGGUGACAUUUUAGCUGCAUUAGUUUCUGUAGUAACAGAAAGAAAGCGAGGGAAACCUGUGCCUUUAAUAGCAUACGUGUGUUUUAUAUCUGGUUUUUGAUCGUUUGUAGACGUCCGAGUCCAUUAGAACUGUUACAGCUGUUAUUGUGCACUAAUGUAAGACAAACAGGGCUGAGGACACGGAGUGUGAAGGACACAAGCGACCACGGCACAUCCAGGGUUCCUGCUGUUAUUUAUCCCGAUUUUAAUCCUUACUUUGUGCUUAUGCAUAUUUUCCAUAAUUGUGUGUAAUUAUCAGCAAAAACAAGAGAUUGUGUUGGUUAGUAGAUGUUGUGGAGCUGAUACUGACCUAGCAGAUGUUGUGGAGCUGAUACUGACCUAGCAGAUGUUGUGGAGCUGAUACUGACCUAGCAGAUGUUGUGGAGCUGAUACUGACCUAGCAGAUGUUGUGGAGCUGAUACUGACCUAGCAGGAGGUGUACCUGUAACUCAUGUACAGCAAAGCAGGCAACUGAAAAAUUCAAGCAAUAACAUCAUCAAGAUGUAUUCCUGUUAUUCAGACGCUAACGUCAGACCUGUGGCGUGUGUUUAGGGUUCAGAUGAUCGCUUCUCUGCUCUUGCCCUUUAUUUAAUGUAAUACGGGAUUUGACCUGUCUUUAGAACCAAUAACAAAUCAUUGCACUUCUCUGUGUAUUUUCUUCUCCGCAGCCCAACUGUCUGUUAUCUCUCUAUUUAUUUUCAUCUUUCUACUUUUUUCAGUCUUUUAAUAAACAAUCCAUUUUGGAAAGAA